GGUCUCUUGCGGUACAGCCUGAGCCAUUGCCAGUCAACAUGACUGAAUCCAUGGAUACGACGGGGAGGAUCUAAAGGGAAGCUAUUGAUAAACUAUUUAUAGUUUAUGUAUUUGCGCUUAUAACCUACGGGGUCUGGCUACCCAUAUCCAGUCGUCAUUCGUUUUUCAUUAUUGAGUAAUAUAAGGGGGAUCAAGCAAAACUGAGUUGUUACGAAACUCAUCCACGUGAAGACACCUGCCGUUCGUGACCAGGAAAGGGGUCGGAAGUGGCUAACAUAUUUAACUCAACUCUGGACGACGACACUCGGGAAUAUGACGACGAAUUAAACUUCUAAUUAGAUUAAAAAACUUUACGGGAUUAUCAACAAUCAUGAGAUAUUGUCAUUUAUAAAACGCUGCAGUUACUUUUCAGGUUUCGUUGAUAGUGUUGGACCAUGUCCGUAAACGAGUUAUAUUCAAAGUACACUCGGGUGUGGAUCCCAGACCCAGAGGAUGUAUGGAGAGCUGCAGAGAUCAUCAAGGACUACAAGGAGGGAGAGCCAAUCCUGCACCUCAAACUUGAAGAUGAAUCGCCGUUGGAAUACCGCAUCGGACCCAAAGACAACCCUCUUCCCUUCCUCCGGAACCCUGAUAUCCUGGUGGGGGAGAAUGACCUCACAGCGCUCAGCUACCUACACGAGCCUGCUGUCCUGCACAACCUCAAAGUGCGCUUCCUCGAGCCCAACCACAUCUACACAUACUGCGGUAUCGUACUGGUGGCCAUCAACCCCUACGACCAGCUUCAGAUCUAUGGAGAGGAGGUCAUCAAUGCCUACAGCGGGCAGAACAUGGGAGACAUGGACCCACACAUCUUUGCUGUUGCUGAGGAGGCAUACAAGCAGAUGGCCAGAGAUGAGAGGAACCAAUCCAUCAUAGUUAGUGGGGAGUCGGGGGCAGGGAAGACCGUCUCUGCUAAGUACGCCAUGCGGUUCUUCGCCACUGUGGGAGGGUCGGCCAACGACACCAACGUUGAGGAGAAGGUGCUGGCCUCCAGCCCCAUCAUGGAGGCUAUUGGAAAUGCGAAAACCACGCGCAAUGACAACAGCAGUCGUUUUGGGAAGUACAUCCAGAUUGGUUUUGACAGGCGUUAUCACAUAAUAGGAGCCAACAUGCGCACGUAUCUGCUGGAGAAGUCAAGGGUGGUGUUCCAGGCAGAGGAUGAGAGGAAUUACCACAUCUUCUACCAGCUGUGUGCCUCUGCUAGCUUCCCGGAGUUCAAAGACCUAGCCUUGACCAGUGCGGAAGACUUCAUCUUCACAUCGCAAGGAGAGAACAUCUUCAUUGAGGGGGUGAAUGAUGCCGAGGACUUCAAGAAGACGAAGGAAGCUUUUACACUACUGGGUGUUAAGGAGAGCAAUCAAAACAGCAUCUUCAGAAUCAUAGCUUCCAUCCUGCAUCUGGGAAACGUGGAGAUCUGCUCGGAGAGAGACGGAGACUCCUGCCACAUAUCAAGGAACGACCCUCACUUGGCGCACUUCUGCCGGUUGCUGGGGGUGGAGCUGGAGCAGAUGGAGCACUGGCUAUGUCACAGGAAGCUGGUCACCACGUCAGAGACCUACGUCAAGAACAUGUCCCGCAAACAGGCAGCUAAUGCCCGCGACGCGCUCGCCAAACACAUCUACGCACACAUGUUUGACUGGAUUGUGGAGCACGUCAACAAGUCUCUACACACCUCCUCCAAACAACACUCCUUCAUCGGUGUUCUGGAUAUCUAUGGAUUUGAGACCUUUGAGAUAAACAGCUUCGAGCAGUUCUGCAUCAACUACGCCAAUGAGAAACUGCAGCAGCAGUUCAAUCAACAUGUGUUCAAGCUGGAGCAGGAGGAGUACAUGAAGGAGCAGAUCCCCUGGACGCUCAUCGACUUCUAUGACAACCAGCCGUGUAUCGACCUCAUCGAGGCCAAGCUGGGCAUCCUGGACCUGCUGGAUGAGGAGUGCAAGGUGCCCAAAGGGACCGAUCAGAACUGGUGCCAGAAGCUGUACGAUCGCCUUUCAAGCAGCGUCCAUUUCCAGAAACCACGGAUGUCCAACAUAUCUUUCAUUAUCAUUCACUUUGCUGAUAAGGUUGAAUACCAGUGUGAUGGCUUCCUGGAGAAGAACAGAGACACCGUCUACGAGGAACACAUCAACAUUCUGAAGGCCAGCAAGUUUCAGCUCGUGGCGGAUCUGUUCCAGGACACUAAUAAAGACGGAAGCAGCUCCACGUCUUCUUCCAGCAAGUCCUCCAGGAUCAACGUGCGCUCGGCCAAACCUACACCUAAAGUCCCCAACAAGGAGCACAGGAAAACCGUGGGCCACCAGUUCCGCAGCUCCCUGCAGCUCCUCAUGGAGACCCUGAAUGCCACCACCCCCCACUAUGUGCGUUGCAUCAAGCCUAAUGAUGAGAAGGAGGCAUUCUCGUUUGACUCUAGGAGAGCUGUGCAGCAACUGAGGGCAUGUGGAGUCCUGGAGACCAUCCGCAUCAGUGCUGCUGGGUACCCAUCAAGGUGGACGUACCCAGACUUCUUCAACAGAUACAGAGUCCUCAUGAAGAAGUCAGAUAUGACUGUAGGAGACAAGAAACUGGUGUGUAGGAACCUACUAGAGACCCUGGUCAAGGACCCAGACAAGUUCCAGUUUGGUAAGACCAAGAUCUUCUUCCGGGCGGGCCAAGUGGCCUACCUGGAGAAGCUGAGGGCAGACAAGUUCCGCUCCGCCUGCAUCAAGAUCCAGAAGACAGUGCGACGCUGGCUACAGAUGGUCCGCUACAAGAAGAUAUGCAAGUCUGCCAUCACCCUGCAGAGAUUUGGCCGCGGUUACAUGGCCCGCAGGUAUGCGGAGCAGCUGCGUCUAAUCCGCGCUGCUGUUAUCUGUCAGAAGCAGUAUCGUAUGGUCCGAGAGCGGAGGGGCUAUCUGAGGGUGAGACAGGCUGUUGUCACCAUCCAGGCCUUUACCAGGGGCAUGUUCACCCGCAGGAUCUUCCAGGAGUUCCUUCUGCACCAUAAAGCCAUGAUCAUCCAGAAGCAUGUCCGAGGCUGGCUCACUAGGAGGAAGUUCAAGGUGGCACGGAACGCCGCCAUCACCAUCCAGUGUGCCUACCGCCGCAUGCGUGCCAAGCGGGAGCUGAAACAGCUGAAGAUUGAGGCGAGGUCCGCUCAACAUCUGAAGAAGCUCAACACGGGCAUGGAGAACAAGAUCGUCCAGCUGCAGAGGAAGAUGGAUGACCAGACCAAAGAUCUGAAGACUCAGAAUGAGCAGCUGGUGGUGGCCAAAGCCUCCCUGGGCUCAGAGGUGAACAAGCUGCAGAAGGAGCUGGAGACCAUGCGCAGUCGCCAGGGAGACGGCGGUCAGCUGACCUCUCUGAAGGAUGAGCUGGAGAAGCUGAGGGCGGAGCUCCAGGAAGCACACGCCCAUAGGAAGAAGCUGGAGGAGGAGCACAGCAAUGAGAAGAUGAGAUUUGAACAGAGAGUGGAGGAGCUGGAGAGGGAGAAUUCCCUGCUGAAGAGUGAAAAGGAGAAGAUGAACCAAAGGAUUCUGCACCACUCCAAGAGCACAGAAGACCAGGAGAGCAGUGCAUCCCAGAGUGUGGGUCGGGUCCAGGCAGAGCUGGAUGAGGAGAGGCAGCGCUACCAGAACCUGCUCAGGGAGUUCUCCAGACUGGAGCAGAGAUAUGACAACCUACAGGAGGCCAAGUUUCAGCCUGGCCACAGGAGGAACAAUUCUAACCAGAGCAGCCUGGAGUCUGACUCCAAUUAUCCCUCCAUUUCUACCUCGGAGGUGGGAGACACUGACGAUGCUAUCCAACUCGUAGAGGAGAUGGGAGUGGAGAAGGCAGCAAUGGACAUCGGUGUGUUCAUGAAGCUGCAGAAGCGUGUUAGAGAGCUGGAACAGGAGAGGAAGAGACUGCAAGUCAACCUGGAAAAGAUGGAGGACCAGUCUAAGCGCAAGGGCAUUGAGCCAAAGACGACAUCAGAGCAAGAGAAUGCGGAUCUGGCCUACAACAGUCUCAAGAGACAGGAGUUGGAGUCUGAGAACAAGAAGCUGAAGAAUGACCUGAACGAGCUGAGGAAGGCCAUCGCUGACCGCGCCUCCAAGAACAGCUCCUCCAAUGAGCUUCAGGACGGCUACAACCUGCUGCUGGGCCAGCUCAAGGCAGCCAUUGAGGAGCUGGAUGUGCGUAAGGAGGAGGUCCUUAUCCUCAGGAGUCAGAUUGUCACUACAGCCCAGCAGAAAGAGAAGGAGACAACCAAUCACAUUGAAACCAAUAACUUGCCUGAAUGGACCAACAGCAAGAAGCCUAUAGACAAGGAGGAGGCUCUGAGGUCCUAUCAUGGACUCUGUGAGUCUAAGAAGCUGCUGGAGGCCCAGCUCCAGUCUCAGGCCAGGAAGCACAAUGAUGAGCUGGAGGCGUUCCACACCCAGAUUGAGCUGCUGAAGGACGACAUUGAGAAGAAGCAGGAGAUGCUGAACCACACCAUGUCUCUGUCCCCUGAGGCCCAGGUGGAGUACAGUGUCCAGCAGGAGAUCACCCGCCUCACCAACGACAACCUGGACUUAAAAGAGCUUGUAGAGAAACUGGAGAAGAACGAGAGGAAGCUGAAGAAGCAGCUGAGGAUCUACAUGAAGAAAGUACAGGAGCUGGAAGUGUCUGUGACUGCAGCAGCAUCCCAGUCCACCACGGCCAAACCAGAGAUGACCCGUCAGGUGACUGUCCAGCGCAGAGAGAAGGACUUUGAGGGCAUGCUGGAGUACUACAAAGAGGACGAGGCCCUGCUGGUCAAAACGCUCAUCACCGACAUGAAGCCCCACGCUGUAUCAGCAACAGUGCCCUGCCUACCUGCCUACAUCCUCUUCAUGUGCAUCCGCCAUGCGGACUACAUCAACGAUGACCAGAAGGUCCACUCUCUGCUCACCUCCACCAUCAACGCCAUUAAGAAGGUCCUCAAGAAAAACAAUGAUGACUUUGAGAUGACCUCCUUCUGGCUGGCCAACACGAGUCGUCUGCUGCACUGUCUCAAGCAGUACAGUGGAGAUGAGGCGUUUAUGACUCAGAACACGGCCAAGCAGAAUGAGCACUGUCUGAAGAACUUUGACCUGGCAGAGUACCGCCAGGUGCUGAGUGACCUCUCCAUCCAGAUCUACCAGCAGCUCGUCAAGGUGGCAGAGCACGUCAUGCAGCCCAUGAUCGUGUCGGCCAUGUUGGAGAGUGAGUCUAUCCCCAGCCUUGCGGGAGUGAAGCCCAUGGGUUACAGGAACCGCUCCUCCAGCAUGGACAAGGACGAGGAGGGCCCAGGGAGCUACACCUUGGAGGCCCUGAUCAGACAGCUGGGCCAGUUCCACGGGGUGAUGGGCGAGCAUGGCCUGGACCCAGAGAUUGCAGGCCAGGUGGUCCGGCAGCUGUUCUACAGCAUCAACGCUGUCACCCUCAACAACCUGCUGCUCAGGAAAGACGUCUGCUCCUGGAGCACUGGCAUGCAGCUCCGGUACAACAUCAGUCAGAUGGAGGAGUGGCUUCGGGGGAAGAACCUCCACCAGAGCGGGGCGGUGGUUAACAUGGAGCCCGUCAUCCAGGCCGCCCAGCUGCUUCAGGUCAAGAAGAAGACGUCCCAGGACGCCGAGGCCAUCUGCUCACUGUGUACCGCUCUCACCAUGCAACAGAUUGUGAAAAUCCUCAACCUCUACACUCCGCUCAACGAGUUUGAGGAAAGAGUCACUGUGUCCUUCAUCAGAAACAUCCAGAAUCGUCUGCAGGAGAGGAACGAUGUCCCAAUGCUCCUGAUGGACACCAAGCACACCUUCCCUGUCCUGUUCCCCUAUACCCCCUCAGCCCUCAGCCUGGAGACCCUUCACAUCCCUGCCAACCUCAGCCUCCACUUCCUCACUCGAGUCUGAGGCUUCAGCGAGGCCUACGACAGGCCUGGUUCUUAGCAAGGAGAAGCAGAGCCCAACGGCGCUCCCUCUGACCUGGGAAACUUUCAGUUGUUCUGCUAAACAGCAGAGGGUGACAAGUCUACAGGACUCAAUGGAAGGCAAAGAACCUUCCAGCUGACCAACAAUGGAUACUGUCAAGCCUCUGUCUGUGUAAAUCCAGCAGAAUGUGUCAAGUCAUUCUUUAUAGCUGUCCACAACUGCUUCCUCUAUUUGGCAUCUUCUGCAGGGGGCUAUUGAGAUCUAUUGAGAUGCUGUGCUUCAUCAGUUCUGUCCCAUACAGUCACAUUUCUUUUCAUUCACUCUAAGGAGUCUCUAUGGUAAGCCGACUGUAAAUUCAUUCCUCUUAAAGAUGAAUUGAAUCUGUGUAAAUGUGUGCUCUCACUUCCAUUGACUAGGUGUAUUGAUUCCCAGUUAGCCACUCCGCCAAGCAUUCAAAGUGUCCAGUUUUAUUUAUUGUACAGUAGGCAGUGGUCUACCGUGUCAGUCUGUCUGGCUUCCUCAUGAUGUGUUAAUUGUAGCCUCACUCCUCUCUACACCCUGUCAAUGGACAGCAGAUCAGACUUGGGAGCAGCCCUGCAUUGCAGUGGCUCUGUUUGUGACUCACACUCUACACGCAGCACUGUGGCUCUGCUGCUCUCGAUCAUUCCUCUGCCUUGAGGAAUCCUCAAUCUUCAGAGCCCUUUUCUCACUAAGGCUCGAGUUUGAUCUUAUAUAAGAGCCGUAUCUCUUCUGUGUUCAGAUCAGAGCACACCGUCACACCAUCUCCUUACUACACGCUAUGGUCCAGGAAGUCUGAAGCGCUCAACAAAUCUCUCAACAGAGAUUUGUUGUUGUUUUUACUCUGAAUUCAAAUGAAUUGAACCCAUAUCAUCUCCGAAUCAAGAGAAGUGAAGGCAAGCUUUGUGGAAGUAAGCGGUUAGUAAGUGGGGUAGAUCCAUGUGUUUGUGAAGACUAGGGUUGAGUAGAGAUGAGCGAGAGAGAGCACUUGAAAAUGGGACUGGAGAGUCUCCUGUGCAGAAUAAGGUAAUAGCCAUUCCUGCAGGACAGUCUUAGCCUGGUUUCAAAUCUGUUUGUGCGGUCUUGCCAACUCCUGCAUGGCAUGACAAUGACUUGGCAAGAGUGCACAAACAGAUCUGGGGCCAUGCUAGGUCUGCUGCAGGACAGAGGGAUUAACCCUUUACACUUGUGGGAAUUGGCAUAUGGAUAGGGCUAAAUUGAAAUGUUUCUCACAGAAGACAUAUGGAAAGCAUAUGCAUAAGCAUGGUAGCCAUUGAAAGGGAACAGUUUGGAUAUUAUGGGGAAAUUAUUAGACCGAAGUUGAGGACACAACAGUUCACCUGGAUGUGCAUUUUACAUUUACUGUACAUUUUGCCGCAUUUCUUGAUUAACAAAAUCUGAAAAUACUCUGGAUACAUUCAGUAACAACAUAAUAUUCCCUGGGAAAUAUGGGGUAGGUGCAACAUAAUACAAAAAAAAUGACAAGGGUUUGAGUGAGAGGACUAACUGCUUUCUCCAAGUGGACACACACUUUAAGUCAUUUCAAUGCACUUGUAUGACUCAGAGAAGAGUCUUCAACUAUACGGUGUUUUUUUUUAGCUCUCCUAGCUGUAGUCGUUUUGUUUGGAACACAACUCUGCAUCCCCGCCAUCACACAAUUACUGUUGUUUUCCCAAUCCAAAGUCCCGGUCUGGGUCAGGUCUGGGUCAGGUGGGCAUCAUAUAAACGCCUGUUCUAUUGCCAACAUGUCUAGCUAAGUUAGAAAAUACAAUAUUACAGUGUUAAGCUUUCACAAGGCAGUUCAGAGAAACAGAUUUUGGUGCGUCUAGAAAGGAGUCGUGAGUGCAUUCAGGUGCGUGUUCCAGAGCAAAUUUUCUUUACAUUAGACAAACGGGCUCAUUCCGUUCAGAACAACCCAGAGUAUGACGCCAUGUUAUCUUGUAACUGUAUAUCAAACAUGGUGAUCAUCAACGCUGACACUGUAUAUGACAUGAGUUUUAGGAUAUGGAAAUGUGACGUGUUUGGCUUGCUUGUUUGACAUCAAAGCGGUAUUUAUUAUAAUUCUCAACAUCUCAUAUUUUAAAAUACAUUGAGUCCUCUUAAAUGACAGCAUUUCCCUCACUCAGACAACAAAACAUUUUGCUAAAGUUUCCCAAUUAGCAGGAGGGAUGGGGGUAACUUCUUGUUGCACGCGGUGCUCAAGUUCAGAACGGCUGUCAGUCAAAAUCCUACAGCGCUGUGAAGCGCAGAGCCAGAGCUCAGAUGUAAUGUAUAGCGUGCUACUGUACAUCCACUGCAUUCCAAUUUAGGUGCUUAUCAGUGCCCAAAUCUGCCAUUUACAACCCCGUACUACUGGAACGAGUGUAAAGGGUUAAAGGUUAAGUGGAAGUGAGAGAUUGUUCAUUAGUAAGUGAAAAGGGAGAAAAUUUAGAAGUGACAUUGGAUGGAAACGGGAAGAGCCACACAGCUAUCAAAGACUACUGAUGAGAGAGGAAGAAUGAAACCAGACUUCCAAUAAUGACCACAUUUUGAGGCCAAGUAAUCGAAAGCGGUACUUGUCUGAUUUGUUGCCAUUUCCUUGGACUGCUGCCACAGUUGUGAAGCAGAGUGCACGUGGAAGGUCAAAGUAACUUUAUUGUGAUACUUGGAGAGCACUGUAUCUCAAGUUAAGACUGCGAGCGUAUCAGCUCCAUGAAACUGAAGUAAUAAAUAACAGAUCAUGUCUGCAACUCCACUGUUUCCGCACCGGCUAUUCCUAUUGGAUAGAAAACACAUACUGUUGUCGGGCCUCUGAAGUUUUAAGCUCGUCUUCAAAUCACGUUCAGAGAUAUCAGAGCAGCUUUUACUAGAACAAAGCCUGUAUGGGGGAAGGUUUCUAGCCACUAACAUGUACAGGACCAUCUUUGACUCACCUUGUUCUUGUAUUUUGUUUGGAAUAUGUUAAUGUAUUGUUUUUUUUAUUACUGUUGAGAGUUUAUGGUAAAGGGAGCAGGGUUUUUCUAACACUACUACUCACUCAAUCUGAGUGUCAUUCCUAUUUCCGUUGUAUGUUUUGUAGUGUGGUUAUAUAACUUGGUCUUCUGUCGAUUUUGUGCCAUUAUAGCAGAGAGAUUCAGAUGCAGGUUCCUAUAACAUCCUUUCUGCUGCUCUCUACUGUCACUUAUAAAGAACUUGAUAUUGCUUAUGUUAAGACUGGAAGUUCAGCAUUUUUCACUGCAUUCCUCUUUAUGUCAUAACUUGCGAUCGUAUCCAUUAUAUCAUGAGGCUAUACACAGAAUAAAAUAUUUCACAGGGGCCACAUCCCCAAAGGGGCCUUCAGGCUAUGGGCCCUGUGUGCCAUAAUAACAGUUAGAAAACACAAACAAUGCAUACAUUUAUCAAUGUCAUAAGUUUCAUCGAUAUAAAAAGAGAGUCACACACUCUAUAUAUAAACUCCCAGUAAUUUAUUGGGUAAAAUCAUUGAUGAAAUUGAACAGGAAUCAAGGCUCUGGUGUGUGAUUAGAGUAUGGAUGCCAGCGUUCAUACAUUGAUUGAUGUGUUGUCCUUAAUUGAAGCUCUUUCUAAAGCAGUGGUCUUACUUGUCCUAAAGUUGAAUCUUGAUGUGGACUUUAUGGAAGUGUGUUUGAUUGUAUGCAGACUAGUACAUGUUGCACAAUAUGAAUUUGGUGACAUGGACACAUUUAUUCUGCCAACAUCUCAUUGAAUGAUCAAGGAUUGUGAAUGAUGUAUUUAAAUGAAUAUAUUUUAGAUGACGCAUUGAAAGCCCACAAAUUAUCUGGUUUUGUGGAUGAGUGAAUGAUAAGCAAAUGCAUAUGACAAUGUUUUGUAUGGUCAGGGUGAUGUACGGUUUUCCAUCUUAUAUCUGUAUAAUUAGGAAACUUAUUUAGUCAUUGGGGGGGUGGUGGGGGGAUUAAAAUAGUGUAUUGACUCAGUUUGAACAAAAUGUAACCUCACAAUCUUUCUUUGAAAAAAUGUUGUAAAAAUGAAAUAAAAUGUUCAAUAUA